AUGUCGGGCACUCGGGAUUACAGGUCAUGGACCAAAGAGGGACUCAUCAAAAAGAUUAAGCUGCUUGAGUCGCAACUCGCAAGUCAGCAGCGGGCGCAGGGACAAAAUAUUCAGCCUAGACCUAAUACCCCUCCUCAGCCACGCAAAGCAUCACCACCACCAUCAUCAUCUGCAGGCGAACCCUCUGGGGUUGCUGCAACACCACCACCACCACACAAGAAGAAAAAGCAAAAAGGCGUCCGCCGCAACGCCUCGGAAUUCUCGACCCGGUACAUUGCCCUAAAGCUGGCGUACCUCGGCAAAAACUACAACGGUCUCGAGUAUCAACCGUCUGGUGCGUUGCCCGCCAUCGAGGAGGAGCUUUGGAAGGCCCUGGUGAAAACCUGCCUCAUCUUUCCGGACCCUGAGCGCGACCCCAGCGAGGUCGACUUCAAAGUGUGCGACUACUCCAAAUGCGGUCGCACCGAUCGUGGGGUUAGCGCCUUUGGACAGGUUGUUGCGCUGCGUGUGAAGAGCAACAAGCCUCUGCGUAAAAAGAAGCAAGCUGCCGUCCAACAGGACCAGGACGGUUCGGGCGAGGCAGCCCCGGCGUCGGCUGAUGAAGCAGGGUCCCAGGUUGUCCCUGAAGAUAGCCAACCACGGCAAGAAGAUGAGCAGCAAGAAGAGGAGGAAGACGACGCGCCGUAUCCUGUAGAAAAGGAGAUCAAGUACUGCAAAAUGCUCAAUGCGGUUCUGCCAGUAGACAUCAGGGUACUCGCAUGGUGCCCGAACCCGCCCCCAGGGUUUUCUGCACGACACUCGUGCCACGAGCGACAAUACCGAUACUUCUUUACGCAGCCCAUAUUUUCGCCCGUGCCUGGGCGCCUGGACGGUGUGAUGGGCUACAAGGAGCCAGGAAGCACACACAAGGACGGCUAUCUUGACCUUGACGCGAUGCGAGAAGCGGCUCGCCUGUUUGAGGGCGAGCACGACUUUCGCAACUUCUGCAAGAUUGACGCAUCUAAGCAGAUCAGCAACUUCAAGCGGCUGAUUCGAGAAGCCUCGAUUGUCGAGGUGCCUGAGGCAGCUUCAUCUCUCCCAUAUCUAGACACUCCCGAGUUUAGGCCGAGCGGCGAAGCAUCACAGGCGCGGCCAAAGGUGUAUUACUUCCAUGUGCGCGGCUCGGCAUUCCUGUGGCAUCAGAUCCGACACAUGAUAGCGGUGCUUUUCCUGGUCGGCCAGAGGCUAGAAAAGCCGUCUAUAGUGUCAGAACUACUCGAUAUUGAAAAGUACCCCGGCAAGCCAAACUAUCCCAUGGCAUCUGACACUCCUCUUGUGCUUUGGGACUGCUUAUACGGCGGCCGUACCCUCCCGGACGGGUCGACUCAUGGUGAGCUGGAAUGGAUAUAUGCCGGGGCCGAUGGCGACAGUCCUGACGAGCUCUACAAUCGCAAGGGUCUUCUCGACGAGCUCUGGGCUUAUUGGAGAGGGAAGAAGAUGGACGAGUUGCUGGUCAACCAGCUUCUCCAGCGAGCUGCCACCAUGGUGGAGGAUCCAGAGCGCCAGGCAGCAAAGGCAUUGGCAAAACCAAACGAAUCGGAACCACAGCCCAAGAAGAGCAACAAAGGGCCCAGUCGCAAGACGUUUGAGGGCGAUGACUGGUAUAGACAGGUGGGUGUUUAUGAACCGCUCGCCCAGAGAUAUAUGUUGGAAACGCCAGACGAGGUCAAUAAUAAGUGGGCUCGCAGCAAGGGAUUCGAGAGUGCAGUCGAGCUUAGUGAGAAUCCUGAAUGGCGGUCCGUCAUCAAGGCUCGAAAAGCUGCAGCAGCUGCAGCUCUUGCUUCUGAGGCUGCCUAA